UGGUUUGACACCUCUAAGCAGCAUUAAAAAAUUGUUGUUUUGCGGCUUUCGAAUCAAAUUUGAUUUGUUUCUAGUGAGAUGGAGGCUAUUUUAAAUACGCAGUUUCAGCAAUUGGAAGAUAUCAUCGGGGAAAUAUUGAAGGCCAAAAAGAGCGGUCACAACUCGGAGACAUUGCGCACUGCGGCGGCAUUAAAAUUUGUUGCAUUAAAGCAUGCCAAUCGGGAAGUUAAACAUAAAAUAAAGUCUGGACGGGAUAACUUACAUUUGGAGAAAUGUAAAGUGGACAUAAGUCGCUUGCAAUUGCAAAAUCUUCUGUACGAAGUGAGCCACUUGAAAAAGGACAUCGUGCGUUGCGAGAAAUUCAAGAGCCGUGACUCCGAAUUGGCCCUGCUCCCAGAUAAUGAGUAUUCUAUCAAGCUGCCGAGCACUGAAGACAGUAAAGCGGAGCCAGAAUCUAAGCACCAUAGGCAUCUGCAGCGCUUAGAGUGUGAGCUGCGUUUAAGGAAAGACCUAGAUAAACAGUAUAGCUCUUUGUUGAACGCCAAACAGGAGCUGCUGCAAGAGAAUCUUAACCAGAAUCAUAGGUACGUUUCAUUCGCCCCAGCUCUACGCACUCUGAAGAGUGCUACAAAGCCCCUGCAUGACGCACUGCAGCUGUCUCUUGAUGUGGAAUGGAAGCUAAGCGCUGUGGUCAAAUAUCUGCCCAAGCCGCUUUAUAUAUUAUUCAUCAACCUGCAAAGCCUUCAACGGGCCAGCGAGGAGCCAUCGUUCAAUGCUGAAGUGGUAGGAUAUGAAAGCGAAGCUCAAAUGCAGGAGUUGACAAACCUGAAGCAAAAUCCAACAGCAAGGCGGGACUAUUCUGAAAAGGACAUCGAUCUGUCGCGAAAAUCUGUGGAAAAUCCGUUGGACAAAGCCUUAAGUCCUCAUCCUCUGCACAUUCGUGUGACGCUUGGUGCCACUGGCUCGAUUCAACUGUUGUUGCUCAUUCGCUAUUUCGAACAAAUUAAAUGUGCCACAGUCUGGCCCCAAUUGAGCAUUGCCAAUAACACGAACCAUCAAGGUGAUCCUAAUUUCGUUCAGCAUCUCCUUCGGCAUUUGUUUGUAAACGAUUUGGGCAAUGAAAUACCUAUCCCCGGUAUCCAAUACGAUUUACAGAAUAAGGAUCUGACACCCGAGGAAUGUAUACGAUAUCUGGAGUCUAAGGACUUUGGUAAAGCAUAUUGUUGGUUACAGAGUAUGUGCUCUAUACCAACAGUCAACAGCUCGAUGUUGUAUAAGCAUGAGCUGAACUUGAAUAAAAGCAUGCGGGAGAUCAUAGCUCGCAUUACACGCCGUUGGAACGCCUGGCUAAAACUGAGUCUGCAAAUACGUGGUCUGACUAACAAGGAUAUCGAUUUGUACACACUAAAAGAAAAUGUCUAUCCUGCGGCCUUGUCGUGCAGCCUGGUGCAGUGGACGGCGAUCACUCUCGAGGAAUUUCUAGCCCAAAAUUCGGACGUACUCAAUAUUUCUCCGGACAAUAAGGGCAUAACAUAUAAUUCGUAUCGCGCCGUGAUUGUUCGAGGCUCUGCCAAAAUGGAGUGUUUCAUACGCAUACCCAGUAAUUAUCCAUUGGAAAUGCCCCUCUGGAUAUUGAGUGUACAUUGGAACGGUCGCCACACAUCGCAGAAUAAUCCAGCUAUCAAGAUGAUGGAAUACUGGACAAACUCCUUGCAGCCCAAACAGCUGGAAGCGAAUGAUCGUUUUCUCUACGCUCAGCUUUUCCGAACCAUUUAUAGUUUUGACAUCUUUCUGGAGACAGAGGGCUCUAUGCAGACUACCAUAGAGUACAACAAGGAAAAGCCCUAUAUAAGUGCAUUCGCAAAACGAUCCCGAUUGCGUCCAUACAAGUACAUAAAAAAGGGUUCCGUAUACGCAUUCAAGCAAUGAUGGAUGAGAACCUGAGAACCAAUAUGGGAAUGAUUUUGUACAAAAAAAAAAAUCAAAUGCAGUUACUAAACAUCUUCACAGUUGCUGUUUAUUAUGUAAAGUAAUGCAAUAAAUAAGUAACAUUUAAA